AUGACUACUUCUCCCAAGGAUAUUCCCACAUUAUCAGGCCUAUACUCGUCCAACGAGAUUCCACAGGCGGAGAACGAGUCAAAAUAUGGAUAUGAUGAAGGGUUGAAUAAGCGAGUCAGCAUCUGGAGAGGAGAUAUCACCAAGCUCGAAGCAGAUAUGAUAGUCAACGCAGCCAACUCAUCCCUUCUAGGCGGAGGAGGAGUAGACGGUGCGAUCCAUCGAGCCGCCGGACCAGGAUUAUUGGAGGAAUGUGAGGGUUUGGGAGGUGCUGAGACGGGUGAGACGAAAGUGACUAAGGCGUAUAGACUCCCUUCCAAAUACGUAGCUCAUACCGUCGGACCCAUCUAUUCAUCCCGAGCCGUUGACAAAUGCGCUAAACAGUUGAAAUCAUGCUAUCAGACUUCUCUGGAUUUGUGCCAAACUCAUGGAGGGGGUGUAAUUGGGUUUUCAAGUACCUCAACGGGUGUUUACGGUUACCCAAUCAAAGAUGCUACUGAAAUAGCUAUUGAGACCACUCGAAAUUUCUUGGAGAAAGACCAAUCGGUUACAAGAGUGAUUUACGUGGUAUUUUCCAAAAGGGAUGAAGAAGUUUAUAAAUCCAUUAUACCUCAAUACUUCCCUCCUCCUCCUCCCUCCGCUUCUUCAGAUGACAACAAGCACGAGUAG